GUAACUGACACUUCAGAGGACUUGACCCACCCUCCGUUAGCAGAUUGAACCGCAGAGCCAGAAAGUCCUCCAGAGUUCGGUUCUGUGGACAGAAUAGAGGGGGGCUGACAUAGUUAACCGCCGGAUGUGGAAUUAAAAGCGGAAAUGGAGGCGAGAAGAGGAGGUUUACCUCCAGGCAUCCGAAAAGUGAUUGUUGGUGAAGAAGAGGGGCAAGAGUGGAGCUCCAGUCUGGACCACGAGGACCCAAGCAUUAAAGAGGAGCAGGAGGAAGUCAAUAUCACCCAGUUCACCUUUAGUGCUCUCCCUGUUAAGAGUGAAGAGGAUGAAGAAAAACCUGGAUCUUUACAGCCUCAUCACAGCCAGACUGAAGACAUUAAAGAUUCUGUCGGUUGGCCAGAUCCUGAUUCAUAUCUGCAGCCUGAUGAGAAGACUUCAGACACAGAUGUCAGUGAUGCCGACUGUGAGCAGCCCUGUGAACCUGCACUGCCUCAGAUGCAAUGUGACAAUGAUGAGAAACCAUUCAACUGCUUUGUGUGUGGGAGAAAAUUUGGUCAUCGCAGAAAUCUUAACAGGCACCUGAGAACACACACUGGAGAGAAACCCUUCACCUGCUCUCAGUGUGGGAAAAGAUUUGUUGACAGUGGAAACCUGCACAGACACGUGGGGAUUCACACAGAGAAGAAACCGUUUAGCUGUUCUGAGUGUGGCCGAGGUUUUAAAGACAAGACUACUCUAAUGAACCACUUGAGGACUCACACGGGCGAGAAACCAUUCAGUUGCCCGUUUUGUAGUAAAACCUUCACACACAGUGGCAGUUUGAAACAGCACCUGAGCAUUCACACAGGAGAGAAACCCUACAGCUGCCCAGAGUGCAAUAAAACAUUCAGUCGUAAAACAAACUUGAAGACUCACAUGAAGAUCCACACUGGUGAGAAAAGUUUCAGCUGUGGCUUCUGUCACAAAACGUUUACUCGGAAGCAUCACAUGCAAGACCAUCAGCGUGUCUGUCGUUCUGCAAACCGUAGACCAUCCAGAAACCAAAUUCUGAUGCCUCGCCCUCUAAGCACUGGACUGGUAGUGCUUGUGUACCCAGCAUCUCUUUCUAAAAGUACCACUGAGUGAUGGAAACCAUUGUGGCAUCAAAUGAGAGAGAGAAUAAAGCAAAACCUCCGUAGGUGGCCAGAAUAUGGCUUUUAGUGAAAGAGAAGAUAUUUGAUCUUUUAAGUUGUUUUAGACUUCAAAGAUCAAAUGUCUUGAAAGUAGAGUUCCCGUAGUUUGUGGUGAAAUGUGAUCCAUCUUUAGUAGUUUUAUUAGAGCUGUGUUUUUGUGUGGUAUGGAGGACCACAAGAGCCACGCGCAUCGAAAUAAAUGAUUCUGUGUUUAAAUAAUGAAUUGUAGAACAAAA